AUUGAAAUAGCUUACUUAAAAUCAUAGGUAACCUGUAACCAUGUCACAGAACUGUACACCGGGAGAAAUAAUUAUUUAUUUUUAUGAUCAGUUUUCAAGAGAUCUUCAUUUAUUACACGUAGAAUCUGAAAAAAUUAUUUUCUUUUAUGUAAAUGGCUAUGAACUUAAGAUGGUUUUUACGUUUGGUGGGCAAAAUAAAGAAUGCAUAAAAUUGGUGGGUGACUUGAACAGUAAAAGAAAAGUGGUUGGGGGGGGGGGGGGGGGGGAAUUGUAAAUAUAGAGUAUUUGUUAUAAGCAGAGGAGAAAACAAAAGCCCUGUGGAAGUGGAAGGUUAGGCGGUGCCGGAUUUCGUCAUCACAGUCCUCUCAUUGAGGAAGGAAUAGGAGCUGGGUUUUCCUUGUUCCAGUUGCUUGAAUGGCGACAAUAGCUUCUGGUGCUUUGGUUACUCUAGAAGAGCUGGCUCCGUCUUUGCCACACUUUAAGCAUGGCAUCUCUCUUCGCGUAACUGGAAAGCUCCAAGAUUAUGAUGUGGAGACUGCUAUUGCUGUGAUCGUUGAUAGAAAUGCAUCAUUAAAAGUUGACACACAGCACUUGAAUCUCAAUCUUCGCAUUGGUUCCAUCUUCCAGUUUAUUGGGGAAUUGCUUCUUGAACCUGAUCAGGAGGCAAUUCUGAAGGCACGAGUUGGACGAAAUGUAGAUGGAAUGGAUCUCAAUCUCUAUCGUCAAUCUCUGCAGCUCUUGAGAGAUUUUCAAGCUGGUCGUUGAAUAGUUCAUCCCCUAGUUUUGAGGGAUGCGGCAGAUGGAUUUCUCAGUCAUUAAAAAAAAAAAAAAUGAAAAUUAUAGAAUAUGACUUGACAAUUAGAUAACUAUAACACUGUUGUUUUAGUGUCUAUUUAUAUAAGCUGAUUAGUUGUUGUCUUUUGCCCUUAAGCCGUAAGAGGAGCAUUAGCUAUUGUGGCUAAGAUUGUUAUUUGUGACGUGUGAUACAAAAUUUCAGCACAUUGAUUUCUGAUUUCAGGCAAUUCUGAAGGCACGAGUUGGACGAAAUGUAGAUGGAAUGGAUCUCAAUCUCUAUCGUCAAUCUCUGCAGCUCUUGAGAGAUUUUCAAGCUGGUCGUUGAAUAGUUACACCCCUUACUGAAGGAAUUAUCAUUGAAAAUUUACCAAGAGUAAGUAGCUAGAUACCAUUUUGGAAACAUAGUAAAGGGCAUUCUUGUCAUAUUCAUGGGAUUUACUCUUUAAGAUUAUGCCGGGCUAGUAGUCAUACAGCAUGAUGUUGCACAGCUAGAAAAUGUGUUCCUGAAAGGCAUUCUUAUACAAUUUGCAAAAUGCAGUCUUCUUUUUAUCUCUUGUUGAAAGGCAUUUCCAAUGGUGAUGUUGGAAGUAGUAUAGUAUCAGUUGUCUAUUUGCAACUUCUGGAUCUGUUUUUGUUACUGUAUAACUAGUGACAUAGUAUGGGAGAUAAGAGGGUACUAUAUAUUUUUGAGGA